CUCACAUCAACAGAAGACUAGAUGCCUCAUUUGCGACAUUGAAACCAUGGAGCUCUCCAGGCCCGCGGACUCGCAAAUUGCCGUCGCUUCUCGACCUGGCGCUGGCCAUGAUGGUUCAGCCGCACCUGUCAAGGAGCUAGAGAGAACUAUCGCGGGGUUCCAAGCCAUCUUGAGCGACGAGGACCGCAAGAAGUUGCAGCAGCUCAAAACGACGUCGCACGACUCGCAAAGCAUCAUAACAUUCACAGCCGAGUUGGAUCUUCUGGAUAAGAACCGGAGAGGCAAGAGUGUCGCUUCAAGAUUGGCCUCUUUUCUGCAGACGAUUGAGCAAUUCACGCCCAUAGUCGAUACAUAUAUUCAGUCUAAUCCCGACAUUGCAGCGCUUAUCUGGGGUUCCAUCAAACUUACCUUUAUGUUUCUAGCCAACUUCGCAUCCUACUUUCAAUCAUUUGUUGAGCUCCUCCACGGAUUCGGUUCACUUUGCACACGGUUCGCCGAGUACCAAGUCAUUUUCAAUGAAUCCUCGCGUCUUAAGAGUUCAAUCUGCCAGUUUCACACUGCAGUGGUUGUUUGCUGCCAGCAGAUCGUCCUGGCGGUUCGGCGACCCUUAAAGAAUCAGCUUCUGAAGGCAAUCACACAAUCAUUCCAGUCUGAAAUUCGAAACUACGUAGAAGAUAUAAGGGCGAAAGCAGAGGAGGUGCAAGGGGAUAUCCAACUGGUGAAGGCUCAGUGCGACCGUGAGGAACAGCAGCUACAGACGACAGAGCGACAAGAGGCUACCAACCAUCGGAAACGCUUGAUGGCUUGGACUUCCAAGUCAACUGCCGAAAUGGAAGUCUUGCAGGCACAGCGAAGACGGAAUGCACUAAAACAAAAACGCCGCCGUCUCCUUGAGGAACUGUCGUCAUUCAACUUCACAUCGGCCUUUAACAGUACACGGAACAAACGCCAUAUUGGUACGGCAAAAUGGGUCUUCGACACUCCGGAAUUCCAAGAAUGGGUCAAAUUUGAUGGGUCACCGGUUCUUCAUAUCACUGGCAAAAUUGGGUCGGGUAAAACGGUCUUGGCGUCCUCAAUCGUCGAGAGACUUUCGCAGAUCAGGCCACCUCAACGUUUCGUCUCGUUCUUCUUUAUUCGGUUCGAUGAUCCGGCAAGCCUUGAUGCAGAGACAAUCAUACGGUCUUGUGUUCAACAACUGUUAUCGGCCAUCUCUAUGGAUAGUCUUGGCGAACGGCUAGCUUCUAAACUUGAUGAAUGCCUCUCAGAAGCUAAGUCCGCUUUGUUCUCGCAUGACAUACUUUUGAGGCUCUAUUCGUCAGCGGCUCAAGCAAUACAGCGAUGGUUCAUAGUUCUCGAUGGGUUGGAUGAGUGCAGCGCUGACCAACAGUCAAAAUUGCUGAAAUUCUUCCAAGGGAUUGUUUCAAGACAUGUUAAAGCCCACAACAUAAACAUUCUCAUCUCAUCUAGAGAGACAUGCACCAACGCCAUCAGACGCAAUUUCCCUGGAUCUCGACGAUUGGUUACCGGCCUACAGAACACCAGUGCAGAUAUUGGCGCAUACGUUGACGACAUCAUCAUUGACAAACUGUCGACUGGUGAGCUAGUUGUCAGCGACCCCAGUUUAUUAAACGAGAUUCUGAAAACAAUUGCUUCCAAGGAGCAAGGAAUGUUCUUAUGGGCGUUUCUUGCUAUUGAGGAUGUAUGUUCCGGAAAGUCUGACAAGGAGAUUCGGCAAGCACUCCGAGACAUCCCGAGUGACCUUCCUGCGACAUUUGACCGUGCCCUGGCCCGCAUCAUCCAGAAGCGCAACCAGGAUAUUGCUAGAAAGGCCUUCUCAUGGAUAAAAGCAGUAUCACAACCAUUGACCUUGUUACAACUCCGGGAAGCACUGUCUAUCGAGGUUGGUCAACACACUCUGCGCCAGGAAGAUCUCAUUAGCGGGAUAGAGCGAUUACCUACGUGGUGUGAGAACCUACUUUAUGUAGAAGAAACAGACAACACAGUUCGUUUCAGCCACCAUUCUAUCCAAGAGUUUCUUUUGGUACCCGAUUCGGGUGAGCAUGGGGCCCUUCAUAUUGACCCUGACCAGUGCGAUAAGCUUGCUGGCGAGGUCUGCAUUACUUACAUCAAUCUUGACAACUUUCAAACCGCGCUAGCAGAGAGAAAAAGGGAACCUCUGGGCCCAUCAGCUAUAAAAAUCGACCCAAGGGGAAUAGCUGAGCAGACAAUACAGUCCGCCAUCCAAGGUGGCGUUGGAACACGCGUCGGCCGCCUAGCUCGCCAGCUUGUCAAGACAUCAAACACAGGCAAGACGACAAACCAGCGAGAUUUUGCCCUGAGUUCUCCGAUCCCACUUACCAGCAAGGCCCAAGGGAACGCAGAUUACCCUUUUUUCGAAUAUGCUUCGGGGAACUGGUUCAAGCAUACCAAAAGCAUCGAGUCAAAAGACAAGAAUGUUUGGAGGCUAUUAGGCCAAAUAGUCCAGAGGCCCCCUCAGCACUCACAGGGCGAGCCUUGGCACAGUACGGAAUGGGAGAACGAAGCCAUGGCGAGGUUUCCAAAUGAGCCAAGAUCAAAAUGCUUUGCCGAAGUGAUACAGGCUACAAGGAGGGGUGUGGUACGUUCUUCAGAAACGUCUUGGUCAGACGUGCCAGAAUUCUCUCACCUCUGCCACACCUUCAUCUAUGCUGAGUUGAACGGCUACUGGGCCCUCGCAUGUCGAUCCUUCCAGUUAUUGACAAGAUUCUCUGGGGGUUCAGAUGGACUUAACAAGCAUGUUUGCAUUCUAACAGCUAACAAGAAUCACGAGGCCUGCCGAAACGAUUGUGCAAGUCUAUUAUCUUCAGGUCUGGACCAUCGUUCACUCGUCACAGAGCUGAGGAAAGCGAUCGCCCGUGGGAUUUCAUACUUCCCUGCUUUGCCAAAUUGUGCGCCAUUUCCCCCCUGUGAUUGCGCAGACCAACCUCCUCAUAAUUCGAAGCUCGAUGUUUGCCACGUGCUAGAAAAUGGUUAUCGACGAAGGGCUGAGCCUCACGUGCAAGCCUUCGCAAUUGUGAUGGAAAUACUUCAUGAUGGCAGCGACGUGCCCAAUAUCAGGGAACUGAGCCAUUUAUGUGAUAUGGAGGCUCGUGCUAUGAAGGAAGCCAGAAACGUCCACGGGAUGUUUUUACUUGAUGUGCUGGUUCAAGGACUCCUAUUGAGUCCAAAUCCCGACAGAAUCCGCUUCUCAGAUACGCCGGCCCAGGGACCCUCGUCUAGGCUGGGUAUUAAGAGAAUCCUACUCUCAGACUCUAUCAGUGGGUUCAUGGAAUACACAUUGAAACCGACUUUCCUUGAUAUUCUGAACGGACCAGAUUCCGUCAGCUCACCAUCUGAACAAUCUCCCACAGAAUAUACAAUUUGUUUUUUGGGUCUUUUGGAGGCCGGUUUCGAUGGCGAGCAGGCCCCGGAUGAAGAGUAUCUCCAUCAAUAUGCUCGCUCUGGCGAACUCAUCAAGCUGCACGGAGAUUCAAUAGCAGCAAUAUUUCGCAAUUUCGUUGUUCCUACCCUCUGGCCAACUUACAUGGCAACUUACAUCGUUAAGACAUUGUUCUGGGGGUCUUUACUGACAAGUUAUGAGCAUAUGCUGCAUGCCCAUGAGGAUUCUUUCAGGGAGGCAGUGUGGAAGAAUAACUGGGAUGUUGCAGCAGCUUUGAUUAGGCAUCAGCCGGCUUCUAUUGAAAGUGCGACAAACAGGGGGUAUUUUGCCUCAAUCAAGCAAGCUAUACUUUGCGAGAAUUGCUGGCGCUGCACUCGCAAUGUUGUGAGGCAGCUAAAGUCUGUUGAUAUGCAUCGAUAUUCUUUUAGGUUAUGUGCGAACCAUAUCAGCAUGUUCAAGAACAUUGCUGGCUUGCUUGGAGGUAUAUACAAUGCUGAGAAGGAAUCUUUACUUUGCCCGGGACAUAGCACGGAUGCGUUGCCUGAACGGGAGGGCAGAUUGAAGCGGGCAUGAUUUUCUUAUUAUUAUUA